AUGGAUGCUGCGUACGGAGCUCGGCAUCACGUAUUGGAGCUUAUGGCGAAGGAGCAGACCGGAGGUGAUGAUCGGAAGUGGACCGGAGGGAGAUCGGAGCAAUCGGAUGUCAAAAGGAGACGGAACAGAGCAUUGAGCAUAGGAAACAGAGUGCUUGAGGAAGUUGCUCAAGCUACGCGCAGCUGUGAAGUCAAAGCAAAAUGUUGA